ACGACCAAACUAGUCCAAAUUAGGUCAAGGGGUAUAAGUUAACGACCAAAAUUAGCUUAAGUAUCAUCUUGAUCAUUUUAUCUGGCUGCCUUGCUAAGUUGCUAGUAAUUCUAACAUAAGUGUAGUGUGUGUGUGUAUAUUUGUACACAUUUAAUCAAUUUUUCUUUGUAAUUUUUGCAUGUAUAAGCGUAUGCAAUAUUUUAGAACAUUAAUGGAUUUUUUUCUAAAGUUUAUAACAAAAUAUCCGAACAGAAUGUUUUUAUACGUGAAUCUCUGUAGGCCUUUGUUCAAAAUUAUGGAGGGCACGUCUUGUUAAAAGCGAACAAGACGUGAACAUAGAAACAAACAUGGAAGGGAAAAGAAAAGAAAACAAUCAUUGCAGAUUUGCUUUUCAUUUUUCAACAUUUCCUUUUCUCUUCCACAUAUAAUAUCAAUCAAUUAAUUACACUUCAAUUUUGUGUCAAUUGAGCUUUGAUUAGAUGAAUGUUUUGUAUCCGUCAAAGAUUCUUCAUAAUUGAAUUUUUUUUUAAAAAAAAUUAUGUCUGACUGUCAAUCUAUUCAACCCUCUUUGUUUUUCUUUCUGAUCAUUAAUGUUGUCAUGUCACUCCUCUUCAAUCAUCAUUAAUGCUGAUACAUGAUCUUUUUUGUUUGGACAGAGUGUUCACCUGUGUAUUGGAGGACUAAAUCAAGGUUGUGAAGCAUUGAUUUUAGACUACCCUUAGAUUAGCUUUAUUGGGGUGACAGCCAUGGGGAAGCCCACUGGGAAGAAGAAAAGUCAUGUAAAAACAAAAUCCAAUGCUGGAAAUGUGAAGCAUGGCAAAACUAUUCCAGAGCAUAAAUCCAAAGCAUUUGAUGAGGACACAGCUGUGUUCAUCAAGAUGGCUAAAGAAUUGAAGGAAGAAGGCAACAGGCUCUUUCAGCAGCGCGAUCACGAGGGCGCUAUGUUAAAAUAUGAGAAGGCACUCAGAUUGCUUCCUAGGAACCAUAUUGAUGUUGCCUAUUUGCAUAGCAACAUCGCUACUUGCUAUAUGCAAAUGGGGAUUAGUGAGUUUCCAAGAGCUAUAAAUGAAUGUAACUUAGCACUUGAAGUUGCUCCCAAGUAUACCAAAGCUUUGUUGAAGAGAGCAAAGUGUUAUGAUUCAUUGAAUAGGCUUGAUUUAGCUUUAAGGGAUGUGAACCAUGUUUUGAGUAUUGAACCUAAUAAUUUAACAGCUUUGGAGAUUGCAGAUAAAGUUAAAAGGGAAAUAGAAGAAAUACUUGAUGUUGAAGAAAAAAAAGUAGUCUCACCCAUUCCACCAUCUACCAAUGUUGUGAAGGAUAACAUGAAAAAGAAGAACAGCAAAUUUGAUAGAAAGAGAAUUGUUGAGAUUAAUGAAACCAUGAAUGAUGGAGUCGAAGAAAAGAAAGCUGAGGACAAGGUGGUUGUGGAGGAGAAGAGACGCGUUGUGGAAGAAAAACCGGUGACAAGAACAGUGAAGUUGGUUCUUGGGGAGGAUAUAAGAUGGGCACAGUUACCAAUUAGUUGCAGUUUUCGACUUGUGAGAGACAUAGUUCUAGAUCGUUAUCCAAAUUUGAAGGGUGCUCUUAUCAAGUAUAAGGAUCAAGAAGGUGACUUGGUUACCAUCACAACUACUGAUGAGCUCAGGUGGGCUGAAUCAUCUGUUGAUCCUCAAGGUUCUUUGAGACUCUACAUUAAAGAAGUUAGUCCAGGUGAAGAACCUACAUAUGAGGCUAUGAGAGCUGAAGAAGAUGUGAAUUCUAGCAUUUGCAAAUCAACUAUAGUAAAAAAGGAUGGGCUUGUUGAACUGAAUAAAGGACCAACUUGCCCUGAGAACUGGUUUGUCCAAUUUGCAAGGCUAUUCAAGAACCAUGUUGGAAUUGAUUGUGACUCGUAUCUGGAUCUUCACGAGGCGGGAAUGAAAUUAUAUUCAGAAGCUAUGGAGGACACUGUUACAAAUGAAGAAGCAGAGGAGCUUUUUGACAUUGCUUCAGCUCAGUUCCAAGAGAUGGCAGCUUUGUCUUUGUUUAACUGGGGAAAUGUACACAUGUCUAGAGCAAGAAAGGAAGUAUUUUUCACAGGAGAGGGGGGUUCUGGGGAGACGGUGUUGGAGCAGGUUAAAUCUGCAUAUGAAUGGGCAGAAAAAGAAUAUGAAACUGCAGAAAUGAGGUAUGAAGAAGCUCUUAGAGUCAAGCCAGAUUUCUACGAAAGCCUUCUUGCACUCGGUCAGCAGCAGUUUGAACAAGCAAAACUCUUAUGGUACUAUUUGAUUGGGAGUAAAGUUGAGUUAGAGGCAGGGACAUGUUCAGAGAUCUUGGAGCUAUAUAACAAGGCUGAGGAAAGCAUCGAAAGAGGGAUGGAAAUGUGGGAAGAGAUGGAAGAACAGCGUCUAAAUGGACUCUCGAAAUAUGAGGAAUAUAAAGCUCAGUUGCAUAAAAGGGGGUUGGAUGGUAUGCUUAAAGAUAAACCAGAUGAAGGAGCUAAAGAGCAGGCUGAAAACAUGAGGUCUCAGAUUUACCUGUUAUGGGGAACCAUGCUCUACGAACGUUCCGUAGUGGAAUUUAAGAUAGGAUUACCAACCUGGGAAGAAUGUUUAGAUGUUGCAGUUGAAAAGUUUGAACUAGCUGGAGCAUCUCAAACUGAUAUUGCAGUCAUGAUAAAGAACCACUGUUCCAAUGAAACUGCUAUGGAAGGGUUCAAAGUUGAUGAGAUUGUACAGGCAUGGAGCGAGGUGUAUGAUACAAACAGGUGGCAGACCGGGGUGCCAGCUUUCAGGCUAGAACCAUUGUUCCGUCGUCGGGUUUCAAGUCUUCAUUCUAUACUGGAAAAUAUUUGAAUUCCAAAGCUAAUGAUACACUAAAGCAAAGACUAUUGGUAUCGCCCCGACAAGUUUAUGUGGUGAUAUACUUCUCAAGUCAACAUAUCCUUUCUUGUGGAUUAUUGUCUUCCUGAUCUGCUAUUUGCUUUGGAAGCAAAAGCAAAUAGCUCUUACAUCGCUGAGUUUCGGCUUUUGAAGACAUUGGUUUGUUCUUAUGUGAAGAUUUAUGUACCAUCAUUGGCUUUUACGGUCUUUUUUUCCAUGCAACUUAGUUGCAUUCAAUUUUCCACACAGCUAGUAAACUAUAACAUUGGAUUUGUAAGUCCGUUGUAUAUAGAAAAAAUUGCACCUUCAGUUUUUGUCUUCAUUCAAUCCUACAAAUUUUGUAUAUGUACAACAACAACAUAACCAAUGAGAUUUUGCAUAUGUAUUUUUUAGAAAUUGUCCUCGUUUCAUAUCAUAUUUUAGAGCGUCUCGUGAAGAUCCCAUUGUUUCUUUUCUACUUUUGUUUUUCCUUCCCUUUCGAAAUCCUUGGCUAUAGCUAGCCAAGAGAAAUUUAUGCUAUUGUUUGCUAUACUUCCCAUUGUUAUUGUUAGCCAUCCAAAUCGGAAAGACUAGAAAUUAAGAGGACAGAAAAUGCUGUAAAGGUGCUGUAAGAAAAAAAAACAGGGAUGUAAGUUAACAGGGUGAAUAUAUUGCAUUUAUAUGUGAAAAUCUAUUAGAAUUGAUAUUGAUAUAUAUUAAGAGAAGUGAACCUACCAAUUCAAGAGAGUCAGGUGCAGUUGGCAUUUGCUCCUCAGGUUAGUUAAACUCAAGCCACUUCCUGGAUCUGCCCCUGCCUGGCAAUCUUCAUAUUGUG